AUGGUUUUGGCUUUUAGAAAUAUUAAGGAGGAAAGAUUUUUGAAACAUAUUCAAUCGGAUCCUAGUCAAAGAGAUCCUAAUCUAUGGUGUGAAUUCCACGGAACACAUGGACAUAGAUCUAAGGACUGUCAGCACCUUCGGGAAGAGGUUGCAGUGCUACUGAAGAAUGGUCACCUUAGAGAAUUUCUAAGUGAUCGGGCCAAAAUCAAUUAUGGGAAAAAUCAAGACACUGGGGAGACGGCUAAACUAGCUGUAGGGUCACCUCACUUGACGAUUAACAUGAUCUUUGGUGGUGACGAAGUAAAUGGGGUGAUAUUUUUAGCAGCAAAGAAGACAAAAAUAUCAAAAACUCAUGGCAAGAGGAUUCGAGAAGCUUCAGAAGAUGAUGACAUCACCUUUAUAGACGAUGAUGCUAAUGGCCUUCUUCUACCGCACAAUAAUGCUAUGAUGCAUGAAAUGAAAGUUGCACCAUCAGCUUAUCAUCAACUGCUGAAGUUUCCCACACCGGAAGUGUUCAAACAAAUUAGAGGAGAUCAACCAGCUGCAAGAGAAAUGAAUGCAGUUACCUUGUCCAGUAGCAAAGGAAAAGAAACAAGCAAAUAG